AUGCCCGUCAAGUCUUUGUUUGAGCUCGCUACGGCCGCUUGUCUGAAGAACCUCAGAGAGCUAGGCAGCAUAGGAGACUAUUUACCCUACGACGCGGUCCGCCACCUGCUUCUCAAAAUCGAGAGCGCGCAUCAGCUUCGACAGAUUGAGCUCAGCUCGCCGCAGAUCCAGGGACAAACGGGCGAAAUAUGGCUGAAGCUCAUUGAAAAGGACUUUCCUCUCGAAUACAAGGCCAAGGCGUACAAGCCACAGAACCCCGACAAGUGGUAUCGAGUGUGGGAAAAGUACAAAAGUGACCACGACUCGGCACUCGAGGAGAGCGAGAACAAACUUAAAAAUGCGCUGGCCGGCCUGAAGCAAGACAAGGAGAAGAAUACGAGCCGCAUCAUUGAGCGCAAGCUGCUGCCAAAGUCCGUCAAGCUGGGCGGAAGCAGGAAGCUCUUUAGCGGGCCACGCGAGGCGCACUCCAACUACCUGUCACUCAACUCUGGCAGCCGAACCAAGACGGUCAACGGGGCGAGCGUGAUGCGCAAAGUCCGCCGUGAAGUAAAGGAAAUCGCAACAAUCCACGGCGCUCUCUCGAGGACUAUCCGAGCACCAACCCAGCGUUUGCAGAUGAGCAAGGCGCCCCAGUCUUUGGUUAACGAUUAUCGGCGGGCUGCUCAGCCCCAAUAUCGCUCAUCUGCCCUAUCUCCCGAACUGCCAUCUGCCGUGGCAGAACACGAGGAGCGAGCCACCUUCAUAUCGGAUUCUGAGGAGGACGAAGAGGGUAACGGCGACUUGUCUGAUGGUGAUGAGAUGGCCAAGAUGCCACCACCGAAACAGGCCAAGAAAUUCGUUGUCCAGUCUGCCGCCACGUCGCUUCUGAAGCGGCGGCCAAACAUGUCACCAGCGGCCUCGUCAUCUUCUACUACUGUCAAGCGCGUCUCUGCCUCAAGCACUGCAUCCGGCCCCGUCAAGAACACGUCGGGUCUGAAAAGCAAGUUUAAUCGCCCAGCUGUCAAGUCACCACCGGCAUCGCCGCCGAAACCUCAGUCCGGAUCGGUCACAAUCCGCGAGAACAACUCUACUCAUCAAGUUAAGACAUCGCCUCCACCGCCGCCUGCAGUGUCGGGGCCAUCAUCACCACCUCAUUCAGAGUCAGCUGCUUCGCGAGCGAUGCCGCGAAAGCGCAAAGCCGUGGAUGUCUUUAUGAGACCCAAAAAAAGAUGA